AUAAUCCACCGAGGCACCUUUUUACGUCAAAUUCAACGCGCUGCUUUUCCAAGAUGGCGUCGUUGGGAAGGAGGCGCGGUGUCCCAGUCAACAGGGAGAGGGGAGUGAUGGCGGCGGCGGGUGAGUGUUACAUCGUGCAUGAGAUCUACAAUGGUGAGAAUGCACAAGAGCAGUUCGAGUAUGAGCUGGAGCAGGCACUGGAGGCACAGUAUCCCUACAUUGUCAUUGAGCCGACGCGCAUCGGAGACGAGACGGCGCGCUGGGUGGCUGUGGGGAACUGCCUGCACAAGACGGCCGUACUAGCGGGCACCGCGUGCCUCCUUACACCGCUGGCCCUGCCUGCUGAUUAUUCUCGCUACGUAGCUCUCCCCACUGGUGCUCUCAGUCUGGCUUGCGCCGCUCUCUACGGCAUCUCGUGGCAGUUCGACCCGUGCUGCAAGUACCAGGUGGAGUAUGAUAGCCGGAAACUGGCGCAGCUGCCACUGCACACGCUCACCUCGUCCACGCCUGUGGUGCUGGUUCGCCGUGAUGACGUGCACAGAAAGAGACUGCACAACACGAUAGCACUCGCCGCCCUGGCCUACUGUGCCAAGAAGAUCUAUGAACUGUACGCCGUAUGAACGUGUACACACAUGCACGCGCACACACACACUGAUCAUGUCUCUCAUACACACACGCGCGCGUGCACACACUUACGUACACAUAUAUAAGGUGGGAGGGAGGUGAGAAGCACUACUAAAUGUGACACAGCCAACAGGCAGAUGGACGCAGGGACGGAGAGAGCAAUUACCCAGAACAGGAAGAACCUAGCAGCGCUCUCUUCACUCUUUUCUCUUUUUUUUUUUUUUUCCCCCGUCUGUGCACUUCAGAGGAGGAACAGAAUACUGGGCAGGAUGGGAGGAUGACUGGAGGAGAAGACAGUGCAAGGGGGGGGGUUAUAGUUUAUUGGAGCAGUAAGAAUCCCCCCCCCCUUUUUUCUUUUUCUGUACUGUUAAGUGACCUCAGCAGUGCACUCGACAGCCCCUUCCCCGUUUUCUCUCCUUAUCCCUCGAUGAGCUCCUGCACCUGCGCAGCGACUGUCAGACCGUGACUGCGUGGUGGACAGGCAAAAACACAAGUGUUUUAAGUAUUACUUUGAAGCCCUUUCUCUCCCCUCCCCCUGUGUAGUUUUACUGUACCCUGCCUUGACGCAUCACCUUUUCAUUAAACAGUAGGAGAUUUAACCUCA